AUGGUCUGCGCUUCAACUCCCGACGGAUGCAGUCGACGCAGUUUCAUGGACCAGUGCGACAUGUACGAGUUCAACUGCGAUUACGGCACUCCUACCAUCAUGACUACAUUCUCCCCUACCACCACUCCUUUAAUAAUAACUACUGGUUCAUUUUCCUCGACAACAACUAAAAGUAUUUAUUCUCAAACUACUACUGAGAUGACAACCUCUCCGACUACAACUACAAAUAUAACAGAAGACACUUAUAAUAUUUACGAAGAUGACCGUAUACCAAAUACUACUAAAAUUCAAACUUCUCCGAAUACUUAUUAUUCAAAAGUCAAUUCAACACUAAUAAACGAUACGUCCGACGCAAAUGAUACUUCUAUUAUGUGUUGUCAUAGACCCAAAACUUGGGAGACAACAAGUAAUACUGAUAGAGUUAUAAUAUAUAUUGAUGAAAGUAAUGCGCAUAUAUCUUCAAACCUAAUAGAGAGUUCUACUAUAGAAAUGAAUACCCCAGCAAAUAUAACUUACAGUAGGGCCACUGCAACUUAUAAUACUAAGAUAGAAAUACAGGAGACAACAAAAAACAUUGAUACUCUUACAAAUUACAUAGAUUCUAAUACUAUUUUAGAUUACGGGGUAGAUGAUGAAACGAAUAAAAGAAUAUCCACUGAUUAUAUAAAAACUUCACAAACAUUCGAUAAUAUUUCCCAUACAAUAAAUGCUACUACUACUGAAGAAAAUUUACCUUCGAUUACCGUUACCGAUCAUAUCACUUUUACUAAUUGUUGUGAUAGGUCGUCUAUAAUAACAAAAGAGACCCAAACAACUGACUCAAACACUUUGAUAACAAUACAAACAACGACAGAAAACGAAUCUAAAACUAUAGAUACUUCUAUAUGCUGUGAAAGACCAAAGACUUGGAAAACUACAGAGCAAUCUAAACUGCCACCCGUUACGUUUGAUAAUUCAACUUCAACAGUGAGUGAGACAUUAGAAACAACUUGUUUUCCAGAGCCAUGUAACUCCAAUGAAUUUAAUGAAUGUUGUCAAAGACCAAAAACGUGGGAAACUACAGAGGGAACAACACUGGCAGCUGUGACUUUCGAUCUAUCAACUUCCCACAAAACUCCGUAUUAUACAACAAAAUCAAAACAUAACGAAAUAACUGAUGAAAUGACUGCGACAUUUUAUAAUAGCAUUGAAGACUCUACAAUUAUACAUGAUGUUACUUCUAUUACUGAGUCUGUAACAAUUAGUACCACAGAACUUCCUACAACUACUUAUCCUACAACUACAGAAUAUAGCAGGGCCACUACAAUAGAGACUGCGACGUACUCUCCAGUCGAAGAGCUGACCACCGAUCCGUAUUCUCAUACUUCUAAGGAAGUAUUAACUCAAAAGAACACUAAGGGUAUUAGUCCAACAACUUGGUGGUAUCCCAAAUUCUGUAAAUCUGACAAUUGUAAACGACCCAUUACAUGGGAGACGACAGAACGCAGAACUCGUCGAAGGCGGUAUUAA